CGGGGCACGCUAAGGGGCGGGGCAGGGGAGGGUCUGGCCUGCGGGAGGAGACAAACCUAGACCUGGCGUGGGAGUUCCCGCUGGGUUUCCCGGGGCUGUUGCGACCCUCGGCUGCUGAGGGGCAGCGGCCCGGCUCGCACCCGCGACCCUUGGGGCGUCCGGCCCUCUGGGGCACGUCUCUGGCUGCCAUGGCCGCUGCCGGCUUCCGGGCCUUCGGAGCAAAGGGGCCCGCCUGGCUCGGGCGAAGCGCGUGGGCCCAGCUCUCCGCCGGCUUCUGCAGCAGGGGUCCGGCCGGGGCCGCGCGGCCGGAGCUCCCGCCGCGACCCACCCGCGCGCGGCAGCAGGACGGCAUCAGGAACAUAGUCUUGAGUGAUCCGAAGAAGAGGAACGCGCUGUCCUUAGCCAUGCUGAAAUCUCUGCAGAGUGACCUUCUUCACGAAGCCGAGAGCAAAGACCUAAGAGUCAUCAUCAUUUCAGCUGAGGGGCCCGUGUUUUCUUCUGGGCAUGAUUUAAAGGAACUGACGGAUGAGCGAAGCCCAGAUUAUCAUGCUGAAGUGUUUCAGACCUGUUCUGAGGUCAUGCUGCUGAUCCAGAAGCUCCCAGUUCCCGUCAUUGCCAUGGUGAACGGCUUGGCCACCGCGGCCGGCUGCCAGCUCGUUGCCAGCUGUGACAUUGCCGUGGCGAGCGACAAGUCCUCUUUCGCCACCCCUGGGGUGAACAUCGGGCUCUUCUGCUCCACCCCUGGGGUGGCCCUGGGGAGAGCGGUGCCGAGGAAGGUGGCCUUAGAAAUGCUUUUCACCGGGGAGCCCAUUUCUGCUCAGGAGGCCUUGUUCCACGGGCUGCUGAGCAAAGUCGUUCCCGAGGAGCAGCUGGAGGAAGAGACCAUGAGAAUCGCAAAGAAGAUUGCCUCCUUGAGCCGUCCCGUGGUAUCUCUGGGCAAGGCCACCUUCUAUAAGCAGCUGCCCCAGGACCUUCGAACAGCCUACCACCUCACCUCCCAGACCAUGGUGGACAACGUGGCCCUGAAGGAUGGGCAGGAAGGAAUCAAGGCCUUCAUCCAGAAGAGAAAACCCAUCUGGUUGCAGUGAGUGUUCUCCUCAGAGAAGCGGAGGAAGAGGGAACCUCCACUCCCUGCCUUCUGAUGCCCAAACUCCUCUGCUGCCUCUUGACUGCAUCGACAGCAGCCUGCUGUGUGGUCCCUGUGAAAAGCUGUGGUUUCCCGGGGGAGGGAAAAGGUGGAGAACAAAUCAAGUGGAAGCCGGCCAGCACCUGUGCCAGCUGGCUGUGGUAGGGGGGAGCCUGGUCCUUGAGGUGAUCCUUCAAGGAUCCUUCAAGGACCCUAAGGAUGAGGCUACACGGAGACACAGCAGGAGGCUGCCAACCGGGCUCCGCCUUCAGAAGUGUCCCCUGAGGUCGUUCUGGCUGCCUACUGAGGGCCAGAUGUUUCCAGUCUCCACAAGACCUCCACACUGAAAAUCUUGUUUCUACUGCUCAAAGGAAAAGGCUUUGGGAUAAUCUUCUAUGAUUUAAAUAGAUUAAAUAUUGAGAGGGACUGGUAAUUUUAACUUUCCCCAGCCAGACUGCAGGGUGUCCGAGAAGAGAAAGGAAAAAAAAAAAAAUCACUGUCCUCUUUUUGGUGAGCCUGUCCCUGGGGGGCGCACGCCAGGGGCCUGACAUAAUGAAUGUCCCGGCCAUCCGACAUCCAAUACCGGGACCCCGGGCUAAAGCUGAGGAUGACAACAUCAGGGAGAGGUGGGAGGGACACGGGACACGGGUUCUUCCCACCACACACCACCAGCUCCGCUCAGCUGCCGGGCAGAGCAGUGCCCCCGAGGAGGGAGCAGGUAUGUGCACCAGGACCUGAACCUGCUCCUCUCCGGCUUUGGGUCCAGCCCCGCCCAAGACAUGUUCCAGGUCUCUUGUCCUCAAGCUUUCACACAGGGCUUGGUUUUUGUUUUGUUUGGGUUCGGUUUUUGUUGUUGUUGUUUUUUAAAAUCAAUUUAUUUCCCCUUGGAAUAGAAUGUGGACAUGAAUGUGGUCAGUCCCAAGGCUGAGACAGAGAAGUGUGGGGCUCUGCCCUGGGGCUCACACGCAUUGCAAUGGAUGUCCCCAGUGUUUCCACAGGUUUCUAUGGAGAUGGACAAUUUUUUGCUUUGCCAGAGUUUAGAAAGGUUAAAAAAAAAGAGAGAGAGCAUCUUUUUGGAAAGGAGGAACUUGUUACUGAGAUGCUGGUCGUGUGUAGAGGUCACCAGAGCUGCCAUUGGCCGGACACCUGGGACAGGCCCGGGACCCUCUGUAUAUUCUCGUGUCACCCUGUGGCACAGGUGCUCCGAUUAUCACCCCCUACAGCUGAGUCGUUGAGGCCCCCAUUGUGCUAGGUCCAACAGCUGCCCCUGGGUAGAGGGAGGGUCCCCAACUCUGCCUGAAAGAGCCAUGGGUGCACCUUCCCCUGGCCACGCGGCCUGGUGAGGAGAGCCUGGGCCAGCCCCGAGGACAUGACUCCCUGGCUCCGAGGCAUCUUUCCAGAACGAAGGAGCAGACCACGUACUGCUGUGCCAGAACUCGACCAGUGCUCGGGGGACACUGGAUCUGACUGCAGACCACAGCCAGAGUUUUCACUACGAAGCCGAUGAAGAGUGGCUGCCGUCCUAGGCUAGAUUGGGAAGGACGGGGCCGUCGUGGUCUGCUCAGAAACAGUGCUGGCCAUGGGGCCCCUGCUGUGCCUUCCUGCCCAGGUGGCCUGACGGGGAAGUUCCCCCUUAAUAGCCCCGUGAUCACACAGUGUUGGGGAGAGGGUGUCACAAAGGCCCUGGACUUCGGAGAAAGUGGCAAAGCCUCCUCACGCACACAUUUGGCAAA